AUGUUAGCAUUUAGAACCACUGGAUAUAAUGGCUAUGGAGUCCAAUACUCACCAUUUUUUGAUAAUAAAUUAGCGGUGGCUACUUCCGCUAAUUAUGGGUUGGUAGGUAAUGGGAGAUUAUUCAUAUUAGGAAUUGAACCAAAUGGGUCUAUUGGAAACCCAAUUUCUUGGGAAACACAGGAUGGCUUGUUUGAUGUUGCAUGGAGUGAGAUUCAUGAAAAUCAAGUUGUCGCAGCAAGUGGAGAUGGUUCAAUCAAGAUAUUUGAUACCACGGUGCCUAAUUUUCCUGUGAUGAAUUAUAAAGAACAUACAAAGGAGGUGUUUUCCGUUAAUUGGAACUUAGUAGACAAAAGCAACUUUGUAUCUGCUUCGUGGGAUGGGACAAUGAAAAUAUGGUCUCCUCAAAGGCAAGAAUCUUUACUUACGUUGAGCCCAAAAGUAGAUUAUACAACUAAGACAUCACCUAUUGCUCAAACCGCCAAACCUCCUUUAUCGCAUCAACAACAGCAUCAACAACUAAAUACUACAAAUUGUAUAUAUAAUGCGACUUUCUCACCUCAUUCUCCAUCUACGAUUAUUAGUUGCAACGGGUCUUCACAUGUGCAAGUGUGGGAUAUAAGAUCACCUCAUCCAUUACAAUUGGAUUAUAUUGCACAUGGUGGAUUAGAAGCUUUAAGUUGUGACUGGAACAAAUACAAAUCAACAAUAGUCGCAUCAGCUGGGACUGAUAAAUCAAUAAGAAUUUGGGAUUUAAGAAUGAUAACUGGUAUUGAUCAUCCAAACUCCAAUAGUCCAAUGCCUGCAUAUCAUACAAGAGGUCCAACACCCUUAAAUCAACUUUUGGGCCACGAGUUUGCCGUGAGGAAGGUUUUGUGGUCUCCUCACAAUGGGCAAGAGUUGGUAAGUGCUUCUUAUGAUAUGACUUGUAGAGUAUGGAGAGAUCAAUCGAAUGAAAGAGCAAGAUUUUUGAACACCCCCAAUGGUGGUUGUACUGGUGUGAUGGGAAGGCAUAAGGAAUUCGCCAUAGGGUGCGAUUAUAGUUUGUGGGGUGAACCAGGAUGGGCCGCGUCAACUGGUUGGGACGAGAUGGUUUAUGUAUGGGAUUCAAAAAGAUUGGCCUGA